UUACUUGUUCUUAGUCUGAUCUUGGUCGUCUUAGGUGACUUGGUGUUUUGUUUGAAUUGUAUUCCCAUGAGAGGGCAGGCCGGCCAUUACAAUAUAGUAGCUGCAAAGUGCAAACCAUGUGACAGAUCAAACACAAACCCCCCAAUAGUAUAGUAGAAUCGAACAACAUGAGCUCCUUCCUUGUACUAUUACUACUACUUGUGUUGUGGGCAGUACUAGGUUGUGUUGCUCCCAUGGCCACAUCAGAAAGUAAUUACCCCAUAGCCAAACCCAACUGCGAUGAUCAUUGUGGGAGCGUAACCAUCCCAUUUCCCUUUGGUUUGACCCAAGGUUGUUAUCUAAACUCAGCCUUCUUGAUCAAUUGCAACACUACCACUGAUGGAUCUCGUAAGCCAUUUCUAAGAGGCAGUGAUAUAGAGGUGAAAACAAUAUCAGUUGGAGGGCAGUUGAGCGUUAUGAACAGCGUGGCUGAAAGUUGUGACGAAGAAGUCCCGUACAGCUGGGCUUGGAUCAGGUUUCCAAAAUUCUACGUUAACCAGACUGCCAAUAAGUUUGUCGCCGUGGGCUGCAACACUAUUGCCACUGUGGCUGGCUACGUCAACGAUGGACGCUCUUACCAAACAGGUUGUAUAGCGUCCUGUAGCCGCUUAGAAGAUGUAGUGAACCGGAGUUGCUCCGGAAUCGGGUGUUGCCAGACCACCGACAUUCCUAUCUUGGCUAGGAACGUGAAUCUUACAUUGAAAGCCAUGACGCCAGAUCAAUAUACAGACAAAGUUCUUAACUGCAGCUACGCGUUCGUGGUGAAAAAGGAUGAGUUCAACUUUUCGUCGGAUAUGCUUACGACCAAAUGGAAAAUCGACGAACUGCCGAUGGUAAUUGACUGGGUCAUUUUCAACGAGACGUGCAGUAACUCUAGCGGCACAUGCAAAGGUAAUACCACUUGUGAAAAAUAUGAAGGUCCUGAAGGUGGAUACCGAUGUGCUUGUAAGAAGGGUUACCACGGUCAUCCAUAUCUUGAUCCAGGUUGCCUAGAUAUUGAUGAAUGUUCAAAUGGAGAAAACACCUGCUCCGAAAACGCCACUUGCUUCAAUACACUAGGCAAUUAUUCGUGCUCUUGCAACGAAGGUUACCGUGAAGAUGACAAAGGUGGCUGCCAAUUAAUUAUUGAAGACGAAUGCAAAGAAAAUGGAAAAGGAUGUCAUUCGUCAAACAGAGUGAACAUGAUUGCUUUGGGUGGGGCUUUAGGUACUAUAAUGUUGCUGGUCAUUUGUUUUUCUCUGUACUUGGCAUAUCGACAAAGGAAAUCAGCACAGAUGAGAGAGAAAUUCUUUAGGGACAAUGGAGAAAUGAUUCUGCAACAAAGGAUUGCUCAAGGUAGUGCAUCUUCUGGUACAACACGAAUUUUCACUGCCUUUAGGAACUUAAAAAAGCCACCA